AUGGGGCUCAAUUUGCUUCUUCAUCAUGGCCGUUUCGUAUUCAUGUUACUAUUGUUGGGUUCCCUGAAUUUUUCGACAAAAGGGGUCAGAGGUGCGGAUACUAGUGAUGGGGGAGAUCUCGAUGAUGAUGAUAAUCCGGCGGCCGACUUUCUAGUCGAGUCCGUUUCCAGCCGUUUCAGCAACGUCUCGCACUUUUUAACUCCUGAUGUUACUAAACAACUGGAAUUUUGUAUCGACAAUAUAGAUGCCGAGUGGAAUGCUGCAUUUAAUUUCUCAAAGAAAACUGAGUUCUUGGGUGAUUGCAUCAGAGAAAACAAAGAUGUCAUGCAGCGGUUGUGCACUGCAGCAGAAGUAAAGUUUUACUCAACCAGUUUGAUCGACGAUGCAAAGAAAAGUGGAGGCUUGGGCCCUAUAAAGUACCUGAAGCCUAAUAAGAACUGCAACUUAUCUUCAUGGGUGUCUGGAUGUGAACCAGGAUGGGCUUGUAGUGCUGGAAAAGGUCAGAAGGUCGCCUUCAACAACUCGAAAGACAUCCCCACUAGAAUUCUUGAUUGUCGACCAUGUUGCGAAGGUUUCUUCUGUCCUCAUGGUCUUACCUGCAUGAUACCCUGUCCCUUAGGUGCUUACUGCCCUCUUUCAAAACUCAAUAAAACUACUGGAUACUGCGAUCCAUAUCGUUAUCAACUGCCGCCUGGAGAGUCUAAUCACACUUGUGGAGGAGCUGAUGUUUGGGCUGAUUUCUUGAGUGCUAAAGAAGUCUUUUGUUCAGCCGGAUCUUAUUGUCCGAGUACAAACCAAAUGAUUCCAUGCAGCCGUGGGCAUUACUGUAGGGCUGGGUCUACUAAACAGGAUAAUUGCUAUGCAUUGGCAACUUGUGGUCCACAAACUGAAAAUCAGAAUAUCACAGCAUAUGGUAUCUUGUUCUUUUGUGGCAUCAUGCUUGUACUCCUCAUUAUAUAUAAUUUCUCUGAUCAAGUGUUGAGUACUAGAGAGAAAAGGCAAGCAAAAUCCAGGGAAGCAGCUGCAAAAAGUGCUAGGGAAACUGUACAGACACGAGAGAAAUGGAAAUCUGCAAAAGAUAUUGCUAGAAAAGCAAGUGGCCUUCAAGCACAGUUAUCACGAACCUUUACUCGAAGUAAAUCUAAGCAGGUACAAGAACAGCAUAAGACCAUUGGCCAACCCAAACCAGGAACAGAUGCUGCUUUGCCAACAAUGCCCGCAGAUUCUUCUCACCAGAAAGGAAAAGGAGGAAAUCUCACAAAAAUGAUGCAAGAACUUGAAGAAAACCCUGAUGGUCAUGACGGCUUCAAUGUUGAGAUUGGAGAUAAGAACCUGAAAAAGCAAAGGGCUAAACAGUUGCAAACUCGGAGCCAGAUCUUCAAAUAUGCUUAUGGCCAAAUUGAGAAAGAAAAAGCUAUGCAGGAACAAAACAAGAAUUUGACAUUUUCUGGAGUAAUCUCGAUGGCUGCUGAUAACGAAGUAGUCACAAGACCACCAAUCGAGGUGGCUUUUAAAGAAUUAACGCUAACUUUGAAAGGGAAAAAUAAGCAUCUAUUAAGAUGUGUAAGUGGAAAGCUAAUGCCUGGCCGAGUUUCAGCUGUCAUGGGUCCAUCCGGGGCUGGUAAAACGACCUUUCUUUCUGCAUUGACUGGAAAAGCCACUGGGUGCACCAAGGCUGGAUUAAUUCUCAUAAAUGGUAAGGUUGAACCAAUGCAGGCAUACAAGAGAAUCAUCGGAUUUGUUCCCCAAGAUGAUAUAGUGCAUGGGAACUUGACAGUGGAGGAGAACCUCUGGUUCAGUGCACGGUGCAGAUUAGAAGCUGAUCUACCCAAACCAGAAAAGGUUUUAGUUGUUGAAAGAGUCAUUGAGGCCUUAGGCCUGCAGCCAGUGAGGGACUCUCUGGUAGGAACUGUGGAGAAGCGAGGAAUUUCAGGAGGUCAGAGAAAGCGAGUUAAUGUUGGUUUGGAAAUGGUCAUGGAGCCUUCUUUACUGAUCUUGGAUGAACCUACGUCAGGGUUGGAUAGUUCCUCUUCUCAGUUACUACUUAGAGCUCUUCGCCGUGAAUCACUUGAAGGGGUAAACAUAUGUAUGGUGGUACAUCAACCAAGUUACACAUUGUUCAGGAUGUUUGAUGAUCUGAUACUCUUAGCUAAGGGCGGUCUUAUUACAUAUCUUGGACCUGUAAAGAAAGUUGAAGAGUACUUUUCAAAUAUUGGGAUCGUUGUCCCUGACCGCGUUAAUCCUCCAGAUUACUAUAUUGACAUUCUGGAGGGAAUUGUAAAACCAAGUGUAAGUUCUGGAGUGACAGCCAAAGACCUUCCUUUGAGAUGGAUGCUUCAUAAUGGUUACCCCGUACCACCAGACAUGUUAGAUUCUGCUGGAAUGCCAGCACCUGGAGGAUCAUCCCAUGGCGGUGCAACGCCUGGAGCUGCAGGGUCAACUGGAGAGCAAUCUUUUGCUGGAGACCUCUGGGAAGAUGUCAAGUUUAACGUUGGACAAAAGACGGAUCAUUUACAGCAUAAUUUUUUGACCUCGCAGGACCUAUCUGGAAGAAGAACUCCAGGUGUAUUUGUGCAAUACAAAUAUUUCCUUGGAAGGGUCGGUAAGCAGCGAUUACGAGAGGCAAGGACACAAGUGGUGGAUUUUCUGAUUUUGCUACUAGCAGGAAUAUGCUUAGGAACCCUAGCUAAAGUGAGUGAUGCAACCUUUGGGGCCACAGGGUAUCUCUACACUGUUAUUGCAGUCUCUCUUCUGUGCAAGAUUACGGCUUUAAGAUCAUUCUCGCUAGAUAAGUUGCAUUACUGGAGGGAAAGUGCUUCUGGGAUGAGCAGCUUGGCUUACUUUCUUGCGAAGGAUACAAUUGACCAUUUUAACACUAUCGUAAAGCCGGCAGUUUAUUUGUCUAUGUUCUACUUCUUCAACAAUCCAAGAUCAAGCAUUUUCGAUAAUUAUAUCGUGCUCAUCUGUCUGGUGUACUGUGUUACUGGCAUCGCUUAUGCACUUGCCAUCUACUUCGAAGCCGGCCCUGCCCAAUUGUGGUCGGUCUUGCUCCCAGUUGUUCUGACACUGGUAGCAAACCAGGAGGGUGACACAUUUUUGAACAAAGUACUCAGGAGUGUGGUUAGUCACAAGAUGUGGUUCACUGAAACAAAGAGGGUAUCACCUCAAUGA